AUGUCACCAGCAGAAAUUGUUGACCAUAUUAUUCAAACCAAUAUUGACCCAAUAACUUUGACCAAGAUUGAAAAACAAAUUGCAGUACCCCUUCGUCAACUUAUUUCUCCUCGAGAAAAUCGUCGUCGUCGGUGUAUUCCUCGACCUCAAAAUAAUUUUGUUUUAUAUAGAAGAAAUUUUCAUGCGGUUAUUACGAAAGAAAGAGGUCAUUCCGUGGCAAAAAAUUUUAAACUUAUUUCAAAUGAGGCAGCCAAAAAUUGGUCAGAAGAGAGUAAUGAAGUUAAACAACUUUAUGAAUUAAUAGCUGAUUGUGCAAAGAAAGUUCAUGAUUGUACAUACCCACAAUAUGUUUAUCAACCAAAACAUAAAUCUUCGAAAAAAGGAAAUAAUACAAUAUUUCGAGAAGUUACUAUGGAUACUUGUAAGCAAAGAACCGAAAGAACUAAAUCUGAUCGUAAUUCUUCAAAAAAUGAUAAAUCUACAACUUCUUCCACUUCAACAUCAUAUUCAAAAUCAUCUACUACACCUAAUAUUAAAUCUUUGACGGCAUCAAUGACUUCUACUAUGACAACUUUAUCAUUAGAUUCAACACUAUCUCCAUCAAGACCACCAAAUGGCGCUGGUCGCAUUAUAGCCAGUCAGAUUCGUCGAGACCUCCUUUAG